AUGACAACUACUAAAACCCAAUCCAAAUCAUCUGGCACUUUGGCCAAAACAAUCAGCCUCGCCAGCCUUCCGUCCAUAUAUGUCUUGCCCACGCACUUGGAUCUGGACCAGCUGCAUGAAGUGGAGGAAACGCUGGAAAGAUGUGGUGCACAGCUCACCUACGACAUCUCUGAAGCUGAGCUAGUCUUGGGCAAAGUGUUGCAGAAGAGACGUGCUGCGUUUGAGCUUCGAUCUAGGGGACUAUGGACUGAGGAAAUUUCGGCGCCCACGGUUGUUACUACUGCUGCGUCGGAAGCAGGCCCGUCAGUGAAACGGCGGCGGGUUAGCGGUGUAAAGGAUGUGCAUGAGCAUGAGCAUGUACAUGUACAACCGGCUCAAGAGCCUCUUGUGGUCGAUCUGAGGAUGGAGUCGGAGGGCGAAAAUGUGGAUGCAGGCGAAGGGGCUGAAUCACGCCCUAAGCGGGUGCUUAAACCGUCAAAAUCACCGGCUGAUAGCUCAUUCAAUCCAAAGAUGAAGGACGGUAUCAUAAUUUUAAAAUUUUCAUGGCUGGACGAUUCCCUUAAAGCAGGGCACGCCGUACCGCUGGCUCCAUAUAUUGUUUACCAUGCGCGCAAAGUGGCUCCACGGGACAAUAUCUCAGUCGAUGGAACUUCUUCGAACGUUACUUCUGUAGUGGCUAGCCCACGGUCCCCACUCAGGCCAAGAGAGAGCCCGUCAAGGGCAAUUUUGGAGCGGGCAAAAGCAGAUGCGGCAUCGUCACCAGCCCCAAACCAUUUUUCUCCUGGCACUGCUAGAUCUCGUCGGGCUAGAGUUCAGCAUGGGCCUCCUGCUCAGAAGGAACCUCCCAGGCUUCUCCGUGAAACCACGGAAGAACAUGAAGCUGCAGAGACCGGGCCUCCAACCCCUGCCUGGGUUCGCGACAAGCUUAUAUAUGCCUGCCAGAGAUCUGCUUUCCUCAAUCCUCCAAAUGAAGCGUUCAUAAACCAGCUCAUCAAGAUCAAAAAAAUACGCGAGCUAACCCUUGAUGAAAUUGGUGUCCGCGCAUACAGCACAGCAAUUGCCGCCAUUGCCGCAUAUCCCUACAAACUCCAAUCACCAAAAGAAGUCUCCACACUACCAGGCUGCGAAUCCAAAAUUGCUAUACUCUUCUCAGAAUUUAACCAAAGUAAAGAUGGCACGCUCGAAGCUGCCAACCAGCUAGACACAGACCCAGUCCUCAGCGUCCUCAACCAAUUUUACAACAUCUGGGGCGUCGGUGCCAAAACGGCACGCGAUUUUUAUUACCACUACCAUUGGCGGAGCAUCGAUGACGUUAUCGAACAGGGCUGGAACAUGCUUUCCCGCGUUCAGCAGAUUGGCAUCAAAUACUUCGACGAAUUCAUGGCCGGCAUCCCGCGCAGCGAAGUCGAGUCAAUCGCUGACAUUGUCCUACAGCACGCCAAACAGGUCCGACCGCACUCGCAGAAGGAUUACGACGGCAAAGGCAUUGAAUGCAUCAUUGUCGGCGGCUACAGGCGUGGCAAGGAAGUUAGCGGCGAUGUCGAUCUCAUUCUCUCCCACCGUGACGAGAGAGUGACACACAACCUCGUCUACGAUGUCGUUGCCAGUCUUGAGAAGGAAGGCUGGAUCACGCACACGCUCGCCUUGCAUCUUACUACUUCGCAUCGGGAGCAGCAGACGGCGCCUUACCGUGGCGAUACAGGCGGGAAGCCGCGUUUUGACUCCCUAGAUAAAGCAUUGGUCGUAUGGCAAAAUCCCCAUUUCGAGGCUAGGAAGGGCGAAGACGGCAACGUUGAAAAUGAGAAACGAAACCCAAAUCCACAUCGCCGCGUGGACAUAAUCAUCUCUCCCUGGCGCACAGUCGGCUGCGCCAUUGUUGGUUGGACCGGUGAGACAACGUUUGAACGCGACUUGCGCCGCUACGCGAAGAAGGUACAUAAUUGGAAAUUCGACUCGAGUGGGGUACGCUCGCGUAGCACCGGAGGCCAGGUUAUUGAUUUGGAGGGUAAGGGGAGCACGUGGCAGGAGAGAGAGAAAUUAGUUUUGGAGGGGAUAGGAGUAGGUUGGAGGCCACCGGAGGAGAGGUGCACGAGAUAG